AGUUGGACUCGGCUAGAAGAAGCGAGCGAGCGAGCGAGGAAAGGAAAGGAAUCCAAGCCGGGGGCGCGAGGGAAGGCAACCAGGUAGAAUCCAAUCGACGAGUGGGAGGGAGGCGACGAGCUUUAGGCAGGGUUCUGGGUUCUGCCGUGCGAUUUAGCUCUCGCAGCGGGAGGGACGGACGGAGGGGGAGGCCGCCGGCCGAUGCGGAGGUUCCAGGACUCCGUGAAGGCCCUCGAGGCCGACAUCGAGCACGCCAAUGCGCUGGCGUCGGAGUUCCUGAGGGACUACGACGGGUCGGUGAUCCAGAUGCGGAUGGCGUACAGCGCCGUCGCGCAUUUCCUCCUGCAGUGGACCGACUGCAAGCUUGCCGGGAGGCUUGGCCUCCUCAAGAUCAUGCUCUACAAGGUGUACGCGGACGGCUCGACGGCGCUGCCGGAUUGGGAGCGGGAGGCCAGCAUCAGGGAGUUCUACGGCGUCAUAUUCCCGUCGUUGCUGCAGCUGCCGAGCGGGAUCACUGAACUCGACGAGAAGAAGCAGAGGAGACUCUGCUUGCAGAAAUUCAGGAGGGAGGAGACGCUUUCCGAGGUGGACUCGGAGAGGGAGCUCGAGUGCGGGAUUUGCCUCGAGGUUAGCCGCAAGAUCGUGCUGCCGGACUGCGCCCACACGCUGUGCACGCGGUGCUUCGAGGAUUGGAACGCCAAAUCAAAGUCCUGCCCCUUCUGCCGGGCCUGCCUCCAGAAGGUGAAGCCGAGCAACCUGUGGAUGUACACCGACGACAGCGACAUUGUGGAUAUGGAUACCUUGACAAGGGAGAACAUCAGGCGACUCUUUAUGUACAUAAAUAAGUUGCCACUUGUAGUCCUCCACGUAGUUGAGCUUGACAUUUACGAGUACCGUAUCAAGUAAACCGCUCUUUGUUCAUACA